AUGGCGCCAACUGAGCUCGAUGGCCGACGCACUGGGCGUCCUAAUACCAAGCAAAUCAAGCGAAUGCCCAAGAAGCACAAAAACCUCUACCAUACCUACGAGAAAAAGCUUCAUAUAAUCAACUGGCGCAAAGAACAUUCCAUGGAGUCCGUCAUCGACACGUUCUUCCCUGGUGUUGCGGGAGACAAGCGCACAACAGCUCGAACGCGGGACAUGCACACUCCUCGCGUGCAAGGCAAUGGAUGUGGCGUUGGAACAAGGCUUAGCAGUGACCAGUUCAAGGCAAGUCCAUCGUGGAUGAAAGGGUUCAUGAUGCGGUGGGGACUUGCGAUCCGAGCGGAGACUCGCUCUGGCCAAGCGAACGUUGCUGAUGGAGAGAAAGCUCUUGCCGAGUUUAAGACGUCUAUUCGGAAGGUCAUCAAGGACAAUCGCAUCGUCGAAGUAUUUAAUGCAGAUCAAACAGGAAUCAACUACGAAUACCUUCCAAAGCAAACGAUGGACAAAAAAGGUGCCAAGACUGUGUGGAUCAAGGUGUCUGGUCACGACAAGGAUCGCGUGACUGCUAUGCCUCUGGCCGAUUCCAAGGGAACGAAGUAUCCUGAAGAGUAA